AUGAGGAAAAUUCCCGAUAACUUUGCAUGUUUUUACGCUGCUGAGAUCUCCGUUGCUUUGUACUUUCUUCACACACAGGGAAUUAUUCACAGGGACCUCAAGCUUCGCAAUGUUUUCUUGAGUGCAGAUGGGCAUAUCAAAGUUUCGGACUAUGGUCUGAGCAAGGAACUUGAGGAAGAGGUCAUGUUUUGUCAGGGAAUCGUUGAGCAAAAGCUCGGCCAACAUUUUGAUCUUCCACCCAGUGCGGUCGCCGCUCUUCAUCGAUUCUUGUGCUCGGAUCCAAAGAAACGCUUGGGUUGUGGCGAGGACAUUCACGAAGGUUAUCGACAACUGCAGAAACAUCAAUUUUUUAAGGAAAUCGAUUGGAAAUUGUUGGAGAAAUGCGAGAUGACGCCUCCGUUCAAGCCGAAGAUCAAGAAUUCGCGUGACAUUCGCUAUUUCAAUCCCAAAUACACAAAGCAACCUCCUCGUUUGACGAUGGAUAACCCGGCUACUAUCGCGCAGAUAAAUCAGAACGACUUCCGUGGCUUCGAAUUCACUGAACUGGAGCAAAUGGAAUCG